CAGUGAGUUUAAAUUCGCCAUUCCCUGAACAACGUUUAAUCCGGUUCUUUAACUCGUCCAGUUGCUUAGCCUGGCAUUAACCACUCUUACUGAAAAAUUCAUGGUAAUAAGCAGCUGUUGCAUAUGGUGUUUCCUUUCCCGUCCACCACUCAGCUUUCUUAUCAUCUCGCACAUUUUGGGUUUCAUUUAAAUAUUACUUCACAUGCACGCUUGUACCUUCAGUUCAUAGUUGUAAUGCAAUAAUAUGGCUUCCCCUAUAAACGCCGAUUCAUUCACUGCCACUUCCAGUACUACGGCUGAAACUGAAUGGUUGGAGGCCCUGCUCCAUGAAGUGCAACUUGAGCAGUUUCUCGAACGCAUACGCGAUGAUUUACAAGUUACACGUCUGGCGCACUUCGAUUAUGUGCUUCCAGAGGAUCUCGAACGAUGUGGGCUGGGUAAGCCAGCUGUACGCAGACUAAUGGAGGCAGUGCGUAAAAAAAAGGCUCAUCAAUGGCGGAAAAACAUACUUUCGAAAUUGAUUGGCGGGGGCAAGCAGCCCUCCACAAAAAAGUCACAACAAGCUGUAAGCAAAGAACAGCAAAAUACGCAACUUACUUGCCUUAUACUCGAAAAAGAUAUAACGCUCGGCAUCAAAUUGGGUGACGGUUCAUUCGGAGUAGUGCGACGCGGCGAGUGGCAUACAGCUCCAAACGGGAAAGUGCUGCCUGUUGCGGUAAAGGUGCUAAAAUCGGAUAAUCUCACACAACCUGGCAUUAUCGACGACUUCUUUCGUGAGGUGCAAGCCAUGCAUGCUUUGGAUCACUCGAAUUUAGUGCGUUUGUAUGGCGUGGUGCUGUCCCAGCCAAUGAUGAUGAUUACCGAAUUGGCAGAGCGCGGUUCGUUGUUAGAUACUCUACGCAAGCAGUGUAAACAUACGCCGUUAACUCACAUUUGGAAUUGGUCGGUACAAAUUGUAACUGGUAUGGCGUACUUAGAGCAAAAGCGUUUCCUUCACCGUGACUUGGCUUGUCGCAACGUUCUACUAGCUUCCGGGAAUAAAAUCAAAAUAGGUGAUUUCGGUCUGAUGCGGGCGUUGCCGCAAGAAGAUGACUGCUAUGUCAUGUCUGAGCAUAAAAAGGUCCCAUUUCCUUGGUGCGCUCCAGAAUCAUUGCGAUUUCGACAAUUUUCACAUGCGUCAGAUACCUGGAUGUUUGGCGUAACCCUAUGGGAAAUGUUCACUUUCGGAGAGGAUCCAUGGGUUGGAUUAAAUGGUUCCCAAAUUUUACGAAAAAUCGACAGAGAGGGUGAGCGACUGCAUCAGCCAGAUGCUUGUCCUCCAGAUGUUUACGAAAUGAUGCUGCAGUGUUGGGAUAAAACACCUGCUGAGCGGCCAACUUUUGCUGCUUUGAAGGAAUUUUUAGUAGGUAUGUCGCCACCAAUAUUUAAAGCAUCACGGUCCUAUCUCGAAGAAAAUAGGCUUAAGAUCGAGGCUGGCGAUACCUUAGCGAUUAUUGACGGUCGCGCUGAUUUGAAGUUAAUUAAGGGGCAAAAUCAGCGCUCAUUUGAUAUUGGCGUUUUCCCACGCAAUAUAUUAGAGAAACAGAAGCAUACAAACAGUGACCUCAUACGACCGUUGCAUGAAAGCAUUCGUCAUAGUGGCGGCCAUGCUGGUUCGCCAUUUGGUUUUUGUUGGGGAGGAGCCGGAGCGAUGAGUGCGAGUGCAGAAAUACAAGCAGAGAGAAAUCGUAAAUGUGCAUCCAUGCAGCCGCAAAUGCAGCAUGCACAUCAUGCCAAAGAGAGGAAAUCGGUUUCUAAUAAACAGUUUUCAUACAACAAACUAGUUAACGAACGUUCUGCUGAACUUCAGCGAAACCAAACGGCACAGGCAAUGAAGGGUAAGACACUUGCUCACCAAAAGCAGGGUCCUCAGCGUCCCCCUCCACCACUACAGCAACAAAGCGAGGGUAUUCUGAUUGAUAUUUCGCCGGAGUUUGGACUUCCUUCGUCGUCUAUGAAAGUCGAUGAUAGCAGUUCGCUAAAAGUAGAUAGCACAUUUUGUAUAUUAGAUGCACCGAUUGAUGUGCCUACUGAGGGCGAAGAAUAUGAGGCUACCGCUGUCGCUAAUGCAUCUGGGUUACUUUCUAGUAAUGUCACAUCAUUGAACCAAAACUUCCGGAUAGGAGCUUCGUCACCUGGUCAACGCCAACCACCCCCUUAUCAAAUGCCACCCACUUACUCGAAUACUAUUGAGUUCUCGCACCAACAACAGCCACAAUCGAUGCAACAUCAUGAUCCCUUCGAUACUAGUAGUGUGCAAAUGAGUAGCGCUGAAAGAGCAGGAAUUUCUACUUAUACAGGUGCUAUUUCUCUAUACUCAAACGUUAUGCGUCUACAGCAGCAACAUCUACAGGAGUCAAUAUUACGUGCAAACGCAACACAGUCAUUAUGUAACAGUCCUUCAGCACGGAAAAGUCUUUUCUUCGCAGCGUCUAAUUGUCCAAGCAAUAAAGAAAACAUACCACAUUCCCUUGCCACAGAAGACUCAAGCGCAGUGAUUUCAGAAGGCCAAGACACUCUGCAAUCAACGCUGAGCUCACUUAGUCUUGAAAAGCCUAUAGAGCCAACUAAUGCAGAGGGCAAUGUUUUGUUGGAUAAAUCCUUUAUUGCCGAACUCGAGAAGGACAUGUAUAGCAGCAAAGGCCAAAAUGAUUAUGAACGUAACUCCGCACAAAUGUAUGCUAAUAAAGAGAUUGUUUACAAACAAAAUUUAACGCCGUUAAAAAAUUCAGUCAAUCAGUCUAGCACAACAGGAACAUCUAGUACCGGCACUUCGCCUCAACUACAAAGCCCCGAAUCGUACAAUACUCAUGCAAACCAACUACAGAACUCAACUAGGCCUAUGUCAGAAUUGCGUAAUAAUGAUGAGAUUAAACAAAAUAAUUUGGAUGCGGCUGUUGCACAUGAAAUGUGCGUUGCUGUGAGAAUGGGAACCGGGGCAUCAGCUACAAGCACCCAAGAUGUGAUUAAUCGAAUAUGGUAUGAGCGUGUCAAUGGCACAUCAGGGAAUUCGACGUACUAUGCGCAUCCACCGGAUAAUAUUUACCAAAACCAGGGUAAUUACGCAGAACGUCAUACAAAUACUGAUUCUCUAUAUGGCAGUAUUGUUGGUCGCGAAAUGUAUGAUUCGGUGGCUCCAACACCCUCAACAUACUACGGCCAAUUACCUUUGAAUGCCAUUAGCGUUGGCAAUGAAAUUUUUACAAACAGAUUACCAACCGCAUCAGCAGCACCUGCAGCGAUUUACGAUGAGGUGACUAUCGAUGACUAUUUGCGUCCACAUCGGCCGGCGCCUUUGGCCCCACCACAGCUCUCUACACAGCAAAUACAACGCCGUCUAGAGAAACUAAAGCAGCAGCAGGAUAAUGGUGGUGGAAAUUUGUAUGCACCUAUUGCAGCCGAAUCCGCUCGGGAGAAUGAAAAAAUUCAACAAAUACUCAAGGAUUUGGGCUCCGCUGCUCUGGAAAUUGAUGUACGCAAUGCAGUGAGGGCCGCAAAUGGCGAUGCAAAUGCUGCAAUACGACACUACAAAAUCGAUCAACUUACUAGACUCGGGCUUGCAAAUCGUCCACAGUGUGAACAAGCGUUACAGAAAACCGGUUGGAGCCUAGAACUAGCAGCUGCUGCGUUACUAGAAAAUACUUCAUAGAAGUAUUGAAAGUCAAUGGUCACGUAAAGAAAAAAAUCAUCGAAUACAAAAAAGGUAAACAAAAUACAGAGCACAUUACAAAACGUUAACGAAUUUAUUUCUAUUGACCGCCUCAAUUUAGAGCAAAAUCUCGAAUAUUGAAAAUACCGAUGUUAACAGUGUUACGAAAAAUUUAGAAUUAAUAUUAAUUUUUAUUUAUGAAACCCAUUAACUAUAGCAUAAAAAGCAACAAAUGUAUUAGAACUAGAAGCAUUUGAAGAGUAUUGAUAGCAAAUUUUAAUGCUAUCAAUUCCAAAUUCCUAGUACACUAAACUCAUAAUAUAUCGACGUUAGGCAGAUGAGAAAAUUACAAUUUUUAAUCGAAAAAUUACAUUGAAGUACAUAUAUUUUUUUAUGUAAAUGAAUAAGAGAACUUGUAACCUGUUAUUGCAUGUAAAUGGUAACAUUUUAAAAUUCUGUCAUAUUUUUUGGAACUCAAUAUAUUGGGUGCUUUCCAAAACGUCAAAAUACAAGGCAUCUGUCUCUUUUAUUUCUAAACCGCACUUGAAGAAAAAGUCUAGCUUGCGGAACCCGGUUGAAAACUAGCAUCUAUCCGUGGUUGCGCAUAUUUAGCAUUACGGUCUAUUGAGGUUGACGUUUUGGAAUGCACCCAUUCUUAGAAGUCAGUAAUAUAUUUUAAAAGAUUUGAAUUCAGCUGGCUAACUUACUUUUUAUAGUAAUAAACUGACAAUUCUGAUCGAAAUAUGGUUUUGAAGUACAGUUAUUUAAUAUCCUGAAAAUAAAAGGUUUUUUUUUGCUUUUAAAGUAGGAUAGAUAGCCAAAACUAACUUAAGUCAGUCGAAAAUCAAUACAUUCAACCGUGCAAUGAAUGAUUAAUGUAUCUGUACAUAAAUGAAAACAUCAAAAUGAAAACCCAGCAUAUUUUAAGAUACGCCCUUUUAAUAUUCUUAUUUAGGGCUAAACUUUUUGACUUACUUAGCUUAUCGUAAAAUAUUUGCAAAAUGCCAGAGGAAUCCAGCAAUCAAAAUCUUUUUCGCUCCCCUUCAUGGACCUUUAUUCGAAUAUUCUCGUCGCACAAGACUCUUGUGACAAGAGGAACGCAGACCAGAGAUGCCAACUCUUCUGUGGCUAAUUCCCCGAAAUUCCACAAAAAAUUCCCCUAUUCUUGAUGAAAAUCUCCAAAAUGAAUUUUACUACAUAUUUAAGUCACUCCAAGCUCAUCUUUUAUUAAUAUCAUUAAUUGUGCUUAUAUCAUGUAAUAAGGACAGCUUUUUUGACAUUUCAUUUUUACAAUACAAAAAGCUAAUUAAUAUGAUGGCUGGUGGCGAAAACGAAACGAGAAAAUAGUGUGAAAUGUGUGAAAAACGAAAACGUGGAAAAUGUCGAUAUGCACAGUUGCAAUUUCUUUGAUACACGGUUGCACGAGGCAAUUUGUAAUUUAUAAAUGCAAUUUUAUCCUCAAUAGGAAUGUUCUAAUCAAAAUCGUUUGUAUAUUGAAUUCCCCAAAAUUUAAAGUCAUUCCCCCGAUAAAUUCAAAUGCCACCAAAAUCGGGGGAAUUCUCCCCUAGUUGGCAUCACUGACGCUGACAAAACUUAAGGUAGUUCGUGUUAAGAAUUUUGCGUCAAUUAUAUUUUAGAGCUAGGUGUACGCACUGUUAAAACACUAUUGCUGGAAGAUCAGAAAACUAAAACAAGUAUCUCGAUGACUAUUUUCAAAUAUUGUAUUUCAGCAUUUUAGAUUAAGUAUUAUUUAAUGGAAACCCUUUAAUACUUUCAAAGUUUUUUUUGACACACCGCCCAGUCAACAUUCUUUUCGCCAAAAAGUUCAACAAUGCUAAGUGGCUAUAAAUUUUAAAUGAAAGAUAUUCUUAAUUUUUAAUUUAUGAAAUAAAUUUAUAAUACAUAUGUAUGAUUUUAAACAUGCAUGAUAUUAAAAAUAUUUGAAUGCAUGUACGUUGAGUUAGAAAUUAAUUAAAUUACGUAGAUAGUGUUAAUCAAUUGCGUAAAUACAUACAUAUAUAUGUAUAUACUCUACAGGGCAUAUGUGUAUGUAUCUAAUGAGUAUUACUUGUACAUUGGAUGUUUAAAAAGAAAAUAAAGUAAUACAUUCUUAAAUUUA